AAUGGGGCAUCGCUCGUCAGACACGGAGGAGGAGACCAGAAGCCGCAGGAAGAAGAAGCAUCGCAGGCGCUCGUCGUCGAGCAGCUCCUCGGGCAGCAGGACCUACACCCGCAAGAAGGGCGCGAGGAAGUCGAGGUCGCGGUCUCGAGAUCUCCAGUCUCGUUCACAUUCUUAUGAGAAAAGACGCCGACACAGAUCAAGCAGUAGUUCUUCAUAUGGUUCUAGAAGAAAACGCAGUCGUAGCCGAUCAAGGGGCAGAGGAAAAUCCUACAGGUCUCAAAGAUCAAGGUCAAAGAGUAGAACAAGAAGAUCACGAUCAAGACCUCGUCAACGAUCUUAUAGUCGAAGUAGUGAAAGAUCCGGGCCUAGGAGAACUCAUAGCGGGUCUCGUGAAAGAGAACGGCGUAAAGGCAGAGAGAAAGAAAAAGUAAGAGAGAAAGAGAAAGGCAAAGGCAAAGAGAAGGAGAUAUAUGGCGCAAAGCUUGGGGACUCUGGAAACAUCAAAGCUGGAUUAGAACAUCUGAGCCCGGCGGAGCAGGCCAAGGCCCGGCUGCAGCUCGUGCUGGAGGCGGCAGCUAAAGCAGAUGAAGCUUUGAAGGCCAAAGAGAGAAGCGAAGAAGAGGCCAAGAAAAGAAAGGAAGAAGACCAGGCCACCCUAGUGGAGCAAGUCAAACGAGUAAAAGAAAUUGAAGCUAUUGAAAGUGACUCCUUUGUUCCGCAGAUGUUCAGAUCGAGUAAAGACAUCAAAAAGUCCACAGAAGCUGCUGAGCUAAAGUACGAACCCAUAACCAUAGGAGUGGGGGCUGCCGACACGGCUGCUCCUGAAAAGGAGACGACGACGGCCAGCAUUCCCACUGCCAUCAAGUACCAGGACGAUAACUCGUUAGCUCACCCCAACCUGUUUAUCGAGAAGGCAGAAGCAGAAGAAAAGUGGUUUCAGAGGCUGAUGGCGCUGCGGCAGGAAAGGCUCAUGGGCAGCCCGGUGGCCUGAGCAAACUGCUGGGAACAUCAGACACAAUUUCCUGUGAUGCUAAGAAAUCCUGCCGUUACAUUCAUUUUUCUCUUUUCGCGGGAUUUUAAUACUCAGUGAGUGGUACAGAGACUAAGUAUUUCAUCUGAAUAAACAAGAAUGUUCCAUCGUCAUUUUUUUCCCUAAUUCAUUGCAGGGUCACUUGUACUGCUAAGCUA